AUGGCCCUGACAGUCUCAAAUCUUCAUAAAUCUCCAAGAUUCCUCAGCAAAUACUUGAAAAUUUAUCCACCAUCGACUGUCAUUUGCUACACGCAUUCACAGCUUGCAAUUCAACCGUGCAAUGUACGUCGUGUGUACCUUGUGUUUAUUUACUCAUGUAUGAAAUGUACAACUUUUGAAAUAGAUAAUUAAGGGCUUAUAUAGUGAUGGCAUGUUCUCUGUAAUUCAUGUAGAAAGAUUGCAGCUUCGUUUAAAUUAGGCGUGGUAAUCUUUUUUUGCAUCAGUCUGCAUUUCCGCCAUCACUUAAGCUUUAAGUUAAGCUUAAAAAUAUCAGUGAAAUAUUGUCACUCCAGUUAGUGGAGAAUGAGGGAAGAAAGAAAUCACAGAUUUAUAUAUAUAAUACCUAUGUUUGUAAACAACAUUUUGAGCCUUUCACGUCUUGUCGCAUUUUUUAGUUAAUUAUUGAUGAUCUUGGAUUGUUCAUCGGAGUUGUCGUAUGAUCUUCUUGAAAGUUGAUAGUAUCUUUAAUAUAAUAAUUAAUUUUUUUCUCUUAAGUUACUCACUCCUUCUCAUUGAAAAUUUUAUUAUAUUAUUUUUUGUAGGCUCAAAAACCAUGCAUUUUUGUGCUUCAUAAGGAAAACAGAAGUGAUCUGAAGCGAACUUCAGGAAAGAAAACCAAAGAUGUUAAUGGGCAUUUGUAUUUCCCUGCUUCCAGAAAGAAAACAGUCUUUCAAAAGAGCCAGACAUAUGAAGCAGUAAAUGCUUUGUGGAAAAGUGUUGGACCACUUGACGUACAUGAGAAAGCACAAGACAAAUCUUUAUUGAAACAAUGGAAUUGUGACCCAUUAAUGGAUAACAAGCAGUUGGUUUUAAUGGUUUUUGAGCAGGAUAGAAUCACUGGUAAAGCCUCUUUUCUUCAUCAGGGAACUCUUCUAAAUUCAACCCCUGAGGAGAAGAAGACUUUGCCAAAUUCAUUAGUAGAAAAUGUGGAGAACAAGCGGACAGAGUCAGACUCCAGUGAUAUACCUAUGGUAACUACUCAACAAAUGUCACAGUUGCAUCAAACUAAAGAAAACCACCAACAGGUUUUCCAAACUUCUCACUCUGGGUGUUUGCAAAGAGACCUUAUUUCAGAGGCCGCAAAGUUAUUUGCAGAUAUUUCUGAAGACACAAAAAACCCAAGCAAGAAAAAAGUGUUGAAGACUGGACCAGAUCCUACCCAGCUAUCUUCUGUGUUACUUGAUCUCAGGGAUGAGGUACAAGUAUAGCAAUAUAUAUAUAGGGAAACCUCAUUAAUAUAGCACCUAAGGGACAGAGCCUGGUGUUUGCAUUACAGAUGUGUCAAUAUUAUAGAUGUAGGGAUCGUAUAAAGUUGGCAACUUUAGGACCAAGAGAACUGUCUGUAAUAAAGAGGUGUCUCUAUCAUAGAAGUCUCCAAAAUGACAGAUUUGGCGUCUGUAGCUGGCGGGAUUAUCAUAUAUGCAUAGUCCUUUCUUGGUGGCGGAGCAAAGCCUGUCUGCAAUUCUUAUGAAAUGCUGCUCACUUUUUUCACCUUUGUUGGAACUAUUAGAUUAGCUUAUCAGGGAAAGGGGUUUAACACAAAAGUGUGGGUAACUUACAGGCAAAAUGGGAGAAAUCAACAUCCUGCAAAUGUUGGUGAAGUUAGUGCCUAGUACAUUAAAUUUAUUUUGCUCAACUUCAUUUCAUUUCUACAUGAACACACCAUUCUCUUUGGAGAGACCAGAGAUAUAUCUACUAACAUCUAAUAUUAACUAACAAUUAUUGAUAUGUUUUUUCAUCUCAGCCAAUCAGAUACUCCCUUGCGCCUGGUAGUUGGACUGUUCAAAAUACCCAAGAAUUAGGGGAGGUGGUACUUGGUCUUAAUCUUGAAGCGUGUUGACUUGGGUGCUGUAUGUAACAUUCAUCACAUUGCAGUAGUUUUAAGUAAGGAGGUGGAAGGGGCUAGGAAGUUAAACUUUUUUAUGCCGGACUGACUGCAAAUAAAAGGAAAUACACCUAACAAAUAGGACAAGUUGAAGCUGUGUUAUUGAAACUCGAUGACUAAAUGGGUCCAUCUUUCCUUCCCUCGGUAUGGGUCUGAUUUGAGGUAACUGUGAAGUUCAUGAAUCAUCAUCAUCCUUUCUUGUCUCCCUUAGGUGCAUAAGGCUGUCGUGUUCUCUGACCAACACUCGCUCUCUGUUGCAGUUAGCGUUGUCUCAUUAUCAAUGCUUCUGGUUUCUGUAGCAAGAAAAACUGCAAAAAACUAAUUUGUUAUUAGUUUUGUUAUGGGGCAUGGUCAUUAGCCCUAUACCCAAACCUCCAACCUGGAGGACCAAUGGGUCUCUCUUUGUCUGGUCUCUACCCUUUGACCUCCAGUGUGGUGCGCCCUACAAGAAGCACAAGACUCCAUGUUAAGCUGGUGACCCCAUUCAGAGCAGAAAGUUUAUCAAUGCUUAUUAUUUUUAUUUUAUUAUUGUUUUUGAUAGAUACCAGAAUUUUUUCUGAAAAAGCCAAGUUACAGUAUUUAUCAUCAAAGAGUGAAAUUUGUCAACAAUAUAAUGGGAACCACAACACAGUAAGUAUCCUCACAACUUUUUUUGUGUUAUGAUUGUAAUUUGUGUACCAGAAGCGAAAUUUGGGUUUGUCAUUGUGCUUAAUUGGAACACUUAAUGUACACUGUAGUGCAAGUGUUAUUUGUAUGCAACAUGCAGCUCUAAAGUUACUUUUUAAUCGAUUAUAAUUACUGUUAAUCAAAGGAAGUACUGGCAGUAUUGACUGAUUCAGGCUAUGAGCUUGGUUAAUUGGUGUAAUUAAUAGAUUUGGUGUACUUAAUAGAUUUUUGGAUGAUAAUGUUACAAUUGGUUAAUACUAAGUUGAUUUAGUUGACUCAGUUGAUUUAUUGGGCCCAAAUUAUAUUAUGAAUUCAGGGCUUCAUCAAACAUAAACAGCUAAUGAUUGGGAAGCAACUAUCUUUUCUGCAGAGUUUCAUGUACAUUUUUGUAGAAAAAAAGCGGUCAUUCACUGAAACAUCUAAAAAUCCUCCAGCGGUAAAUUCUCUCAUUAGUUUAGGUGAAAGCGAGGUUUGUUUUGAUGUUAAUUUCAUUUCCUGUAUACUUUUUCCUUUUUGCAUUAGUGGAAUUUAUCCAUACAGAGCUCAGAUAAGUGGCCUGAGGUUGAUGAUCUUAAGCUGCAUGUCAGAGCUGUCCAUGGAAGUGUUAAAAAUUACAAAACAUCCCAAUGAAGGAACAAUCAAAGUACGCUGGAGAAUUAAAGGAAUUCCACUGUUAAGAAAAGCUGUUCCAUUUAUUGGCAGGAGAUUAAAGGCCAGCAGUGAGGGUUAUAGGUAAAUUUUGAUUUGAAUUGCUAAAAGAUUUCCAUCAUUAAAUGGAACCAUUUAAACAUUAUCAAAAUUAAAAAAUUACCCAGACACUAGUUUGAUGUGAAAAACUUUGAGUGUGUUUUAGACUGGCUUUAGUUAAUUAAUACUCUAUCCCAGAAUUGCUUGGUUGUCGUAAAUAUCACUAAUUUUGAGCGUCUUAUUUAUUUAUUUAUUUAUUUUAUGUUAUUUUUUGCUGCUGUACAUUCUUUUAAAAGUGUCUAAUUAUCUCUGGCUUUCAUCUAGGUAUUUGGAUGGCUUUUCUGUGUUUGAAGUUGGAACUGAUGGCCUCAUCCACUGUCACCGGCUUCAUAAGGUAAGUCUUCUUCCAUGUCUCAUCUCCAUUUUUUAAAUCAACACAUUUUUGAAAUUCUUGAAUCCUUAGUUUUGGCCCUUUAAAAAGGGGUUAUUUGGAUAUCAUUACUACAUCUACAUGGCAACCUUAAUUAGCACCAAGUCAACUCAUGCACCUACCUACGCUUGUGCUCUUGGUCCAGUCUAAGAGUCGCAAGUGUGAUACAGAGUUUUAAACAUUUUGAAAAAAAUUAUUUCAGGUGGACCCCCAGGGGAGCUCGCAAUUUUAAUCUCAAGGUUGCUAUAAUAGCCAGCAUGUAACUAUGUAGCAUUUGUUUUGAUUUCGACUAAGGAGGAGUGAAUGAAAUGCAUUGCAUGCCAUCUAAUCAUGAUCAGACACAUUUGGACCUUCUGUCAUUCUAAUUUGAUCAAGUGUGAUUUUAUGCACUACUGUACAUUACGUGAAACUUACUCAAAGCACAGCAUUGGAGCAAGAGCUUUUGUAUUAAUCUCGCCUGCAUUCACUUAACUUUGGUUAUUACUAGUUUGUAAUCUUGAACUUUUCUUUUUCAUAGGUGAUGCCAUCAUCUUCCCCUGAAAAAGAAAAUGCUUUGUGGACAAUGUUUUUAUUGCCGUUUAUUCACCUGUUGGAUCCAAAAUCAUGUGAGACAUUUGGUGCAUUUGAAUGCUGCAUCACUGAUAAAGACAUAGAACCUGCUUCAACAGAGGCUGCUGAUACAAUAGCUGAGUUAUUACAUCAGCUUUCUGCUACUGACUUGAAGUUAAAACCAAAGUGUUCAUAGCUGGUAGACCUUUGACAGAUGUAUGUAACAAGUGGAAUGUCAGUAAACAUGGAUUUAUUACUGGAAUGUCAACCAGAUUGAUUUAUUCUUGACUGAAAGGCUAGGACAGUGUGACUGUGUUAUGUUAGCAUGUUCCAGGCAUUCAGAUCAUUGGAGCAGCGCAAAGGUGUUAUGCGAACAAGUCAUCUGACUGAACAACAUGAAACCUCU